AUGAUAGGCGAUAGUGCAGCAGCCAAACUCGGUGCAGUACCACUGUCCAAUGACACAGUCGCUAGGAGAAUUGUAGACAUGUCCAAUGAUAUCAGAGAGCAACUGAUCGAGUUUGUAAAAAAGAGUCCUUACUACGCGCUGCAGCUGGACGAAUCCACUGAUAUUGCUGGGCAGGCACAGCUCCUCACCUAUGUCAGGUAUCUACGGGACAAAGCGAUUGAGGAGGAUGUACUGUUUUGCCGGCCUCUUCAGUUGCACACUACAGGAGAAGCCAUUUUCAAUGUCCUUAAUAUUUUUAUCCUUGAAAAUGGUUUGGCUUGGGACCGAUGCAUUGGCCUAUGCACGGAUGGUGCGCAAGCAAUGACGGGGCGUGAGCGUGGCCUAGCUGCUCGAGUUCAGCAAGUAGCUCCACUUGUGAAAUGGACACAUUGCAUGGUCCAUCGCGAAGCACUAGCUGCUAAAAAAAUGCCGGUUCUUUUUGACUCCGUGCUGAACCAAUCCGUGAAAAUGAUAAAUCUUAUCAAAUCACGGCCGUUAAACUCUCGCUUGUUUGGGGUCCUCUGCCAGGAGAUGGGGUCAGGGCACGAACAGCUGCUUCUGCACACUGAAGUUCGCUGGCUCUCCAGGGGGCGGGUGCUACAGCGGUUGUAUGAGCUUCGAGAGGAGGUGAAGUGGUUUUUGACAGAAAUCAAAUCAGAUCUGGCGAAGCAUCUGGAUGACACUAUGUGGCUUGCGUCUCUGUCCUAUUUGGUCGAUAUAUUUGACCGCUUGAAUGGCCUCAACCUGUCUUUGCAAGGCCGCGGAACUCAUAUUUUGAUCCUUGCAGACAAAGUGCACGCCUUCACACAAAAACUAGACCUCUGGCAUGGCCGCAUCAGUCAAGGGAACUGCGACAUGUUUCCCAGCCUUGCAGACUUUAUCACUGAUGCAGGCACGUCACACGAUUUCUCAUCCCUAUUUCAAUCAGCGUCUGAGCACCUGUCAGCAAUGAGAAAACAAUUUGCGACGUACUUUAAAGAGGAUUAUCGCUCUUUUGCGUGGGUUCGAGAUCCGUUUGUGUGCACAGCAAACGAGCUAUCAAUUGAUAUGCAGGAACAGCUUAUUGAGCUGAAGAGUGACAGUAGACUGAAGGAACUCUUUAACUCCUGCCCUCUUUCGUCAUUCUGGGCAGCAUUGAUGCAGGAAUAUCCUGAACUCUGUGACGUCGCCAUGAAGAUUCUCCUUCCUUUCGCGUCGACAUAUCUGUGUGAGGCAGGAUUCUCAAAAAUGACUGCACUCAAAACGAAAUACCGCAAUCGUGCACAAAUCGAGGAUGAUCUGAGACUAUGUUUAUCAAACAUUGAGCCAAGAAUUGGGGAUCUUUGCAAGGCAAAGCAGGCUCAGGUCUCGCAUUAA